AUGUUGAAUAACAAUCAAAUAGCAGUGAUUGACACAUGUGCAAUAUUAAAAAGAGUGGAUGUUGGUACAAUAGACGUGUAUACGACAGAAGGAGUGGACAACGAAUUACGAGACAAGGAGUCUCGUGAGAUUAUUGGGCAAAAAUACGUGAAUUUGAAAGUGAGAAAUCCAUCAGAAGAAAGUAUCAGAAAGAUCAGAGAGUUUUUGAUUGAUAAAAAGAGCAACUUGAGUUGUGUUGAUAUUGAAUUGGUAGCAUUAUUCUAUGAGAUACAUAGGGAAGUAGAAGAGGAGAAUGGACAGGAUGAGUGGAUUACAGCUGAAAACUAUAGGAAGAUUAAAAAUGUGGUAAUGCACACAGAUGAUAAUGGAAUAAGAGGAGUAUUGGAUGGAUUAGGACUACAAGAGAGUGGAUUGAGUGACAAAUACUACAAAUACAGGUGUUUUACUUGUUUCAGAAUUUAUGAAGAUGAUAUUGAUUUCUGUAAAUCAUGUGGAUACAAGACAAUCACACGUGUUGGAUUUAUAAUUAAGAAUGGGACUGAAGUGAUGUGUUUGAAGAAGGGAUAUGAGCAGAAAGAGAAGAAAAUAUGCGAUAAAAAUGGUAAUGAAAUUGGGUGUGAGGACACCGUAGAAUACAAGAAAUAUAUCAAGCACAAAAAGAGUAAGAAAUAUCUAAGUUGA